CCUCCUCCCCGGCCCUCCCCCGGCGUCGGUGGAGCUGCUGCCUGCGAUCCAACAUGGAGUAGCGAGAGAUGGGGCUCUGGCGGGGCCAGCCCUCGGAAACUAGCGACGAGCACACCAAGCACCACGGAACUACCGGGAUCUCCUUACUCACAGGACCUUAGCGGGAUUAACCCGCACGGAAUCUGUGUUUUUUGCGGGUCGCGGCGGCCGGGAGAUCGAAGGUUUCGGGGCGCGUUCGUGACCGAGAAGCAACUGGUUGGUUGGAGGAGAAAGCGAGCGAGGGGAGAGAGAGGAGCGAGACCGGGAGACCGACCACCGCCACCCGGGGAACCAUGACGAGCAGACCGCCUGCCCCCGUCGCGGCGGACCGCCGGAGGUGAACCGAGACAAUGCUGGAAGACACACGGCCGCACGAUGACAGCUACAUCGUGCGUGUGAAGGCGGUGGUGAUGAGCCGGGACGACUCCAGCGGGGGCUGGUUGGCCCAGGACGGGGGGGCUCUGAGCCGGGUGGGGGUCUGUCGCCUGCUAGGCCCCGGGCUGGCCCCCGGGCUGGUCCCCGCCCCCGCCGCAGGCAGCCUCAGCCAUGGACACUUCCUCAUCCAUGGGGAGCGGCUCCUGGACCACCAGGUGAUCCUGGAGUGUCCGCUCAGGAAGGACCUGCUGUACACCGCGGCCACGCCCACCUUCCACCAUUGGAAGGUGGAGGACAGGAGGUGUGGCCUGUCCUUCCAGAGCCCAGCCGACGCCCGGGCAUUCGACCGCGGCGUGAGGAAGGCCAUCGAGGACCUGGCUGAAGGGUCCACCACCUCCUCCACCACACUCCACAACGGGGCGGAGCUGGGGGACGACGACGUCUUCACCAACGCCACCGACAGCUCAUCCAACUCCUCCCAGCGGACGGAGGGCUGCCAACCCCCGCACGACACAUCGCCCCUCGCCCGGAGACAAGGCUGCAGGCUGGGGCAUCACCAUGGCAACGACUUCUACGAGCCCUACCGCCUGACGGACCAGUUCCUGUUUGAACAGUCUCUGUCCCGGUUCCCGCGCCACGUGACCUUCCAGGAGGAGGAGGAGAUCGUGAGGAUCAACCCUCGGGAGCGGAGCUGGGAGUCCGGUCCGGACCGGAGCUGGGAGUCCGGUCCGGAGCGGAGCUGGGAGUCCGGUCCGGAGCGGAGCUGGGAGUCCGGUCCGGAGCGGAGCUGGGAGUCCGGUCCGGAGCGGAGCUGGGAGUCCGGUCCGGACCGGAGCUGGGAGUCCGGUCCGGAGCGGGGCUGGGACCGCGGUUCGGAGAGGGCGUGGCGGACCGGCUACGAGGACUACCGCCAUGCAGCUGUGCGUGACCACUUCCUGCACAGCGACCCGUCCUCCUCCUAUGUGCACUUCUCCAAGACGGACGGCCCCAAGCACGAGUACUCCUACCCCCUGGCCCCGCCCCCAGACUGCCCCCAGGGGCCCCUCAGUGCCAAGCCUCCCGGCCACGCCCGGCACGGGGGCUUCUCGGGCGUGGUCUCCGCCCAGCCGCGCCCCUUCCUCCCCGGCUCCUCCCCCUCUGACGACGACGGAGGAGGCGGAGGGGGGGUGAAGGGCGGCAAGGCGGGCGGCUCCGGGCGCGCUCAGUGCGAACACUGCGGCGAGACGUUCUACCCCUCGGCCAAUCGGAGGGGCCGGUGCCAGGACGCCCCGGACGCGGUGGGCGGCUGCGUGCGGCGGGUCAGCUGCAUGUGGCUGGCCGACAGCAUGCUGUACCACUGCAUGUCGGACCCUGAGGGGGACUUCUCGGACCCCUGCUCCUGCGAGGGCGGGGGCGGGGGCGGGGCACGCCGGGGGCCGCGCUGGCUGGCCCUGGGGGCGCUGUCCCUGGUGGCGCCCUGCCUGUGUCUCUACCCCCCCCUCCACGCCUGCCACCGCGCCGCGCUGGCCUGGGGAUGCUGUGGGGGGCGCCAUAAGGCGGCCAGCUGAGCCCCCCCCUUCCCCCCCCCCCUUGGUUUACAUGUCUGGCCUCUAGCGGGGAACCGGACGGACACACGGACGCCACAAUAAGCCAAAAGGAAAAGCUGUUUUGUUGUUGUUGUAUUUUACAGAUAAGCUAGCGCCGGGUCAGACGUCGGUACGCUGACUCCUCCCCCCCGUCCGGUUCCAAUCAGAGAACCGUGUGUGUGUGUGUGUGUGUGUGUGUGUGUGUGUGUGUGUGUGUGUGUGUGUGUGUGUGUGUGUGUGUGUGUGUGUGUGUGUGUGUGUGUGUGUGUGUGUGUGUGUGUGUGUGUGUGUGUCCCACUCCACUCAGUACUUGAAGUCUGAAGACCGACCGUAACGGACACAUCCACCAAAACACACCAGUCACUGUUUCUGAUUGGCUCAGAGCCGUCGGUGCCCGGUCUGAAUGAUGACAUCACCUGGCACCCGUUUGAGCCAAUCAAAACAAUCAGUUAAUCAACAAUCAAUCAUAACGAGCCGUGGUUGGCCGGAGACGCUCCCAGGGCUGUGAUUGGUCGCCGUAGGCUUCGGAAGAUGACCAGGGAGGACAUUGACCAUAUUUGAUCAAGGGAAGUCUUCAGGUGUGUCCGUUCUGUGUCUGGACUCCGUGUUCACCUGCGAUGUACAAUCACCCACCCCCCCCCCCCCCCCCCCCCCCAAAACCCAUCCCAGGCCGCUGAUUGGCUGAGAGGAUGCAGGGCAGCCUGAUGUCACAACAGCAGGAGGAAACAGGAGUCUUAUUUUAGACAGGAUAUCCUCAUCCUGCCUCAUUGCUGCCCCCCCCCCCCCCCCCCCCCCCCAGACCUGAAGAGGAAGGGUGAGGGGGGGAGAAAGAGAGAACCCGCCGGUGUCUGUCGUCUCCACAAGCCAUUUACAAAGUGCCUGAAACACGCUCCCAAACUUAUUGUGUAUUUAAAUCAAAGUUAAGACAGAUCUACGAAAUCAGACUCGUUUUUUUACGCUAAGUAUUUUUACCUCUGUAAAAAAGAGCAAAAACUAUAUUAUAUAUAUCACGUGUAUGUUGUAAAUGUUUAUCUCUAUUUUAGUUUGUAUUUUUAAUAACUGUUUAUAAUGUGUACAGUAGUACUUUGUAGGGGAGGAAGGGUUGCCAGGUCUAAGAAAAACAAGGAAACGUGUGUGUCUUAGCUUCUGCCUCCAAUAAACUGAGAAAACCUUAA